AACAAGAUUUAAACAAAGCCAAUAUUCAAACACGCAAUUUAGCGUUGUUCAUCUUUUGUAUCGGCAUCGUUGGCGCUCUUUGUCAAUUUCUGAGUAGUGUAGCUUUUGCAAAAAGUGGAGAGGCAUUAACCAUGCGUAUGCGUAUGAUCUCGUUUGGCUCGAUGCUGCGACAAGAAAUGAGUUGGUUCGAUUGUGAAGAGAAUAGUGUCGGUGCACUUGUUACUCAACUCUCAUCGGAUACGUCAAAUUUCAAAGUACUAUAACAAAACUGAUGAUAUCAAUUCGCUUAUUGAUUGAUUUGAUAAUCAACGUCUAUUUAGGGUCUAUCUGGACUUCGUAUUGGUGUUAUUUUCAAUGCUCUUGGUGCCAUAAUAUGUACAUUGACGAUUGUAUUUAUAGUCGGUUGGAAGCUAAGUUUAGUUCUACUUUUAUUCACGCCAUUAAUCGUGUUCUCUGGUAUAGUGCAGGGACAACGAUUGUCAAAUACAAAACGUAAUCCAACUGGAUCGACAAAAGAAACAUCUUGGAUUGAAAAAGGUGGAAUGGUAAGUGUUCAGUGA